UCUCUCUCGCUCGCUCGUAGAGGUCGAAGCCUUGCGGUCGACCGAUACCGACCAGGAUCUCGCCGUCGGGGAGCUGCUCGAUCGGCGGGCGGCUCGUGGCCGCGACCGGGUUUCCCGUCGCGGCGUGGUGGAGUGGGCGUUCGUAUUGAUCUUUCGUCGGUCGAGAAGUCGGGUUUGGAUUCCACCGGGGCAGCGGCGUCGGCCGCCGGUGGAGCCGCCGGCGGAUGGCGUUGUUCAGGAGGCUCUUCUACCGUAAGCCGCCGGAUCGGCUGCUGGAAAUUUCGGAACGAGUCUAUGUGUUCGACUGCUGCUUCUCAGCAGAAACUCUUGGGGAAAAUGAUUACAAGGACUACAUGGAUGGCAUAGUCACCCAACUGCAUGAUUAUUUCCCAGAUGCCUCCUUCAUGGUAUUUAAUUUCAAAGAAGGAGAUAAAAGGAGCCAAAUCUCAGACAUUUUGACCGAGUCUGAUAUGACGGUCAUGGACUAUCCCUUACAGUAUGAAGGGUGUCCUUUGCUUCCAUUGGAGAUGAUCCACCACUUUUUGAAGUCUAGUGUGAGCUGGCUGUCAAUGGAAGGGCAACAUAAUGUGUUGCUGAUGCACUGUGAGAGAGGAUGUUGGCCUGUACUUGCCUUCAUGCUUGCUGGUUUACUCCUUUACAGAAAACAGUAUACUGGUGAGCAAAAGACUCUUGAAAUGGUGAAUAAACAAGCCCCUAAAGAGCUACACCAUCUUUUGUCUCCUUUGAACCCACAACCUUCGCACCUGAGAUAUCUUCAGUACAUAUCAAGACGGGGAAAUGCACCAGAAUGGCCUCCAAAGGAUAUAUCCUUCACAUUGGAAUGCUUGAUUCUUAGGAUCGUACCUAAUUUUGAUGGGGAAGGAGGUUGCAGGCCAAUGGUUCGCAUUUAUGGUCAAGACCCAUUGGCUCCCAAUAGUAGGAGUUCAAAGAUUCUUUUCUCAACAUCUAAGACAAAGAAGCAUAUUCGGCACUACAAACAGGCAGAGGCUACACCAGUAAAGUUAAAAACUCGAUGUCGUGUUCAAGGAGAUGUAGUUGUUGAAUGCAUCCAUGUGGAUAAAGAUCUGGAACAUGAGGAGAUAAUGUUCAGGAUUAUGUUCAAUACAGCCUUUGUCCACUCUAGCAUUCUGAUGCUGUCUCGUGAGGAGAUCGAUGUUGUAUGGAAUGCCAAGGACCAGUUUUCGAGGGAUUUCAAAGCUGAUGUAAUAUUUUCGGACUUCGAUUCUUUUGAAUCUGACUCAAGCACAGAUACAUUGGUUGAAGAUGGCGAUGAAACAGAAGGUGCUUUUACAGAGGCAGAAGAUUUUUUUGAGGCUGAAGAGAUAUUUACCAACUCCUACUCGCAUAAUGCAAAUCGAGAUCCUAAAGGUACUACAUUUCGAAAUGGAACUUCUGUUGAUGGUGGGAAUCCCAAUUCAGAAAUCUACAGUUCGACUAAUGAAGCAAGGAGUAGUUUUGAGACAAGCAAAGCUGAAGAGGAUUCAGAGACAAGGGCUUCCCAACUGUUAACAGAUACGGUUAGCAAAUGUAUCAUGGUAGAAACCCGUAGUAUACCUGGUCCAGCUGAGACUAGUUCUGGCUUUGGCAAAUGUAAGCAUGACGGUGAACUUGUAACAGAGAAAUCAGUGACUUCAGAAUCUAUGGUUCAGAUUGAAGAGAAGAGUAUGAUAGAAAGCAGCACAUUGCGACAGAACACUGUUACUUCAAUGGAUGAAAAACAAAAAUUAAUAAAGAUUAACAAUGUUAAGCAGGAGACUGACAAUGGAAUGGGUUUGGUGAUUAUGACAGAGAAUUUAAUUGAUUUAGAAACUGCAGAGACAAUUGAAAGCAUAUGGGAAAACAAUGACUCUAAUAAUGGCUCAGAAAACAUUAUCGGGAGGAGACCCAAUGCUGUUGAUGAAAUUCCUAGUCCGGAGAAACAUAAUCUUGAAAAAGAGAUUGAUUCUAGCACCGAUCAAGAUAAAGUUGAACAUCAUAGUGAAAGUAUGUUGAGUUCUCCAACUGUGGCAGAAGACAGAAUGACUAAAUUUUCAACUAUUGCUGUCAGUAGUGAUGAUAAGAUUAUUAGUGAAAAUUCGAUAUUUUUGGAUUGCACAGUUACUUGUGAGGGGAAGAAUAUAGUAGAACUCAGCAACUUUAAACAUGAGGUCAAGGAUAUCAUUACACUUGAUGUUGAAGGGAAGAAUAUAGUUGAACCCUGCAACAUUGAGAAAGAUUCAUGCGACCUGGUUUCUGAAAAGACAAUGACCUCAUGCAACAUGAGUUGCAAAGCAGAAAUCUUGAUUCCGACAAAAGAAGCCAAUAACAGAUUAGGAAAAAUUGAGUCAAAAGUCAAUCCAGAGAAUAUUAAUUCCAGGACAACUCAGCUUGAGAAUGAUCACAAUCAAGAAAACCAGCAUACAUUAAGAGAAAUUAAAUUCAAGUACAAAAGAGAGCCAGACGAAGGUGUUGCUCGAAAUAAGACAGAUACCAAGAAUUUUAAUCAGAAGUUAGGAAAUGGUGAGUAUAAGCAGGCUCUAGAAAUGUCUUUGCAUACCACCUCAGAGAAACCUGCCCCACCACCACCACCUCCUGGAGCACGUGCACCUCCUCCAGCCCCACCUAGGGCACCAGGAGCUCCGCCGCCUCCUCCAUCUAGUUCUCUAUCUGAUGCUAGAGGGUUAUUGCCAAAUGGGGGAAGAGGCCGUGGACUCUCACGUUCUAUGGGUGUAAAUUCAGCAAAUUUGACAUCCCGUAGGUUAUCAUUGAAGCCGCUGCACUGGGUGAAAGUAACAUUAGCUGUUGAAGGAAGCUUAUGGGAUGAAUUACAAAGAUCUGGUGAUGCUUUGAGUGCUUCUGAUUUUGAUGUGUCAGAACUUGAGAGCCUCUUCGCUGCUAUGGUUCCUAAAACAGGUGAUAGCUCUAAAGAGGCACGUCGUAAAUCUCUUGGAUCACAAUCAGAUAAAGUUCAUCUAAUUGCAUUAAGACGUUCCAAUAACACUGAAAUCAUGCUGACGAAGAUCAAGAUGCCACUUCCUGACUUGAUGAGUGCUGCUUUAGCAUUGGAUGACUCUAUUUUGGAUGUUGACCAAGUGGAAAAUCUCAUUAAGUUUUGUCCAACCAAAGAGGAAAUGGAUCUUCUCAAGGGAUAUACCGGUGACAAGGAAAAACUCGGGAAGUGUGAGCAGUUUUUCUUGGAGCUGAUGAAAGUUCCACGGGUGGAAUCUAAAUUAAGGGUUUUUUCUUUCAAGAUUCAGUUUGGCUCUCAGGUUUCUGAUCUUAAAAAGAGUUUGAGCAGUAUAGACUCUGCUUGUGAACAGAUUCGCAAUUCUAUCAAACUGAAGGAAAUCAUGAAGAAAAUUCUUUUCCUUGGCAAUACCAUAAAUCAAGGAACUGCAAGAGGCUCAGCUAUUGGUUUCCAUUUGGACAGUCUUCUUAAACUUUCUGAUACUCGUGCUACUAAUAACAAGAUGACUCUUAUGCACUAUUUGUGCAAGUCGCUUGCUUCGAGAUCUCCACAUCUUCUGGAUUUUCAUGAGGAUCUUAUUAGCUUGGAAGCUACAUCAAAGAUACAAUUAAAAUCCUUGGCUGAAGAAAUGCAAGCCAUUGUCAAGGGUUUAAGGAAGGUUGAAGUGGAGCUGAAAGCAUCUGAAAAUGAUGGCCCCGCCUCAGAAAUUUUCUGCAAAACCUUGAAGGAGUUUGUUGUUGUUGCUGAAGCUGAAGUGCGGUCACUAACAACAUUAUAUACAUCAGUGGGUAGAAAUGCAGAUGCUCUUGUACUAUAUUUUGGUGAAAAUCCUGCAAAAUGUCCACUUGAACAAGUUCUCUCUACACUUUUGAACUUCAUUUUGAUGUUCAAGCGAGCACAUCAGGAGAAUUGCCAGCAAGCUGAACUUGAGAAGAAGAAAGCCCAAAAGGCGAGAGAGAUGGAGAAGCCGAAAUCAUCAUUGUCAAACAGUAAAAAUGAUUUGAAGGAAAGAAGCUUGAGCCAGCAGUUGCAGGAAACAAAGCAGAAGACUAAGUCUACAUACAGACGUGAAAAAGACAUUAGAUGACCUGUACUUGCCUAACGCUGGCUUACAUAUUAUCUACUGCCUGCCUGGGGGAUCUGUGUGCCAUUACAUCAUGCAAGGUCCCCGGCCAACUGGGGAGACAGACAGCGCUGAAUCUAGGCACUGGUUCAAGCACGAUAGGCCCCAGUUCAAGCAUAAUACUGGAGUCAUGGUACAGGGACACUCUCAAUAGUGACCACCUCCAUGACAUGCGCGAGCUGCUCAGCUUCUUUGUGAUCUAAUUCUUGUACAGAGUUAUAGUCUCCAACAGGUGAACUUGGAUACUAGAGGUCAGAUUGAUCAAUAUGCUGCGGCCAGUCAAGCAUGACCAAAUUAUGUGAUCUAAUUCUUGUAAAGAACUAACCCCUCUGUCCAUUUGAUCUCUUUUUUCGUUUCUUAUUCUUGCCAUUUAUUUUAUUUGCAGCGGCUUGGUACGGCUAGAUUUCAGAAAUUGUAAAUUAGGUGUGAGAAGUAAUCUGUAGGUUAAGAUUUGUAUCGAGCCUAAUUCUAAUCCCAUCGGUCCUAAUGGAGCCCAAUUUUCCCGAUUAUGAUGUCUGUGAAUCUGAAUGUUGUAUCUAUCUUCUCUUUGUAAACCUUAAUGAUGAGGAUUGAUACAUAUUUCUGA